AUGAAGUCGUUCGCGACCACCGCCGCCGUCGCGCAGCUGCUGCUCGGCCUCCUGCAGCCCGCCCUCGCGGCCCCGAGCACGUAUGCCGGGCCCCCGAAGCUGGGCGCCGUCGCCUCCGAGACGGACAUCUGCAGCGAGAUCGGCACCAACCUGCUGAAGAAGGGCGGCAACGCGGCUGACGCCCUCGUCGGCACCGUCUUCUGCAUCGGCACUGUCGGCAUGUACCACAGCGGCAUUGCGGGCGGCGGCUUCAUGCUCGUGAGGUCCCCCAACGGGACCUACGAGUUCAUCGACUUCCGCGAGACGGCCCCCGCCGCGGCCUACGAGGACAUGUACGCCAACAACACGGCGGCCAGCAUGUACGGCGGCCUGGCAAGUGGUGUCCCGGGUGAGCUUCGCGGCUUGGAGUAUCUCCACAACAAGUACGGCCGCCUCCCCUGGGCCGACCUCGUCGCGCCCUCCGUCAAGAUCGCCCGCUUCGGCUUCCGCGUCAACGAGGACCUCGUCAAGUACAUGAACGCCGUCACGCCCAACGGCAACUUCCUCACCGACGACCCCUCCUGGGCCAUGGACUUCGCCCCCCACGGCUACCGCGUCCGCCUCAACGAGACCAUGACCCGCAAGCGCUACGCCGACACCCUCGAGGCCAUCGCCACCGGCGGCGCCGACGCAUUCUACACCGGCGCCAUCGCCAACGCCACCAUCGCCGCCCUCCGCGCCGCCAACGGCACCAUGACCCUCGCCGACCUCGCAAACUACACCGUCGCCAUCCGCGAGCCCGCGCACAUCACCUACCGCGGCCACAAGCUCACCGCCUGCAACGCCCCCUCCGGCGGCAUCGUCGCCCUCAGCGCGCUCAACACCGUCUCCGGCUACGAGGACUUCGGCGCCCCCGCGAGCCGCAACCUCUCCGUCCACCGCCUCGACGAGGCCAUCCGCUUCGCCUACGGCCAGCGCUCCAAGCUCGGCGACCCGCUCUUCGUCGACGGCAUGUCCGACUACACGGCCGCCAUGAUCUCCCCCGAGACCGGCGCCGAGGUGCGCUCCAAGAUUUCGGAUUUCCGCACCCAGAACGUGUCCGCGUACAACCCCGAGGGCUUCGAAUCGCUCGAGACCCCGGGGACCUCCCACGUGGCCACCGCCGACGCCAGCGGCCUCGCCAUCUCGCUCACGACGACCGUCAACCUCCUCUUCGGCUCGCAGCUCAUGGUCCCCGAGACGGGCGUCAUCAUGAACAACGAGAUGAACGACUUCAGCAUCCCCGGCUCCAGCAACGCCUUCGGCUACGUCCCCAGCCCGGCCAACUACAUCCGCCCCGGCAAGAGACCCUUGUCUUCUAUUUCCCCCGUCAUCGUCGAGAAGCCCGACGGCAAGCUGUACUUUGUCAUCGGCGCGGCGGGCGGCAGUCGUAUUAUCACUGCCACCAUCCAGAACCUGCACAACGUGCUCGACCGGAACCUGACGGCGCCCCAGGCGCUGGCGGAGCCGCGUCUGCACGACCAGCUCAGCCCGAAUAUUAUUAACGUCGAGUACUCGUAUGAUAAUAGUACGAUUAGCUACCUGCAGUCGCUGGGCCACAACGUCACGUGGGUUGCGCCUGGUAGCUCCUCCGCGCAGGGUGUGAGGUUGUUGGAGAACGGCACGUUUGAGGCUGCGGGCGAGCCGAGACAGAAGAACUCUGGCGGCUAUGCUGUGUAA